AUGGAGGUUGGAGACACAGUGACUCUCCUCUUGGUAGCCUGCGCUGCCGGCCUGAUGAUCUUCUGGCAGCAAAAGCAGCGGCAGAAACCGGGCAAGCUCCCCCCAGGGCCGACAUUGCUGCAGAUCCUGGGCUAUGGGCUGCAGCUGAAGCAGCGAGGCUUAAACAAGUUGCUGACAAAGAUAAGAGAAAAGCAUGGCCCUGUGUUCACCGUGAACACUGGCCGGCGGCAGAUCGUGUUUCUCUGCGACUUAGACUCCGUGAGGGAAGCCCUGGUGCAUCAAGGGCAGAAGUUCAGCGGCAGAGCAAUUUUCAACUCGAUAGACAGAUACUUCCAAGGUCAUGGUGUUGGCACGGCCAAUGGGGAAGAGUGGAAGCAGCUCCGGCAUUUCUCCACCUCAACCCUGAGGAAUUUUGGGAUGGGGAAAAGAAGCAUUGAGGAGAGGGUUGGAGAGGAAGCCCGGCACCUGGCGGAGGAGAUCGGGAAAGCCGAAGGUUCUCCCUUCGACCCCACCCUCAUCGUCACACAUGCAGUAUCUAACGUCAUCUGCUCCAUUGUCUUUGGAAACCAAUUUGACUACAAGGACCAGAAGUUCCUGACCUUGAUGAAUGCCACCCACAACUUUUUAGAGGAUAUAAGCAGCAUCUGGAGUUUGUUCUGCGAGGUGUUUCCAAGGAUCAUGCAGUACGUACCCAGCCCACACAGCCAGCUUUAUCACCACUACAAGGCAAUACAUGAUUUCAUCAUGGAGAGGGUGAGGAUGAACCAGCAGAGCCUGGACCCCAGCUGCCCUCGGGACUUCAUUGACUCCUUCCUCAUCAGGAUGGAGGAGGAAAAGCAAAACCCACAGAGUGUUUUUAAAACCAGAAACCUGGUGGAGACAGCAAUCCAGGUAUUCCUUGCUGGGACGGAGACAACGAGCUCCACCUUGAGCUAUGGAUUCCUGCUCUUGGUGAAAUACCCAGAGGUCCAAGACAAGGUGCAUGAGGAAGUCGACCGCGUCAUAGGGCGGACCCACAGCCCAGCCAUGAGCGACCGAGGCCGGAUGCCGUACACCAAUGCCGUGAUCCACGAGAUCCAGAGAUUCGCUAACGUCACCCCUGUGGGGCUUCCGCACAGAGUGACCUGCGACACCCACUUCCGGGGGUACUUUCUCCCCAAGGACACAGACGUUUGGGCUGUCUUGGGCAUGGUUCUCCAAGAUCCCAAACACUUCAAGGAUCCAGGAAACUUCCACCCAGAGCGUUUCCUGGAUGAGGAAGGCCGCUUCAAGAAGAACGAUGCCUUCCUGCCGUUUUCCACAGGAAAGAGGGGGUGUCUGGGCAAGAGCCUGGCCCUCAUGGAGCUCUUCCUGAUGCUGACCACCAUCCUGCAGCGCUUCACCCUGAAAUCGCCAAUACCCGCGCAGGAAAUCGACCUCACCCCCACAGAAAGUGGCAUUGCGAUUGUACCUCCCAGAUUUGAACUCUGUGCCCUGCCGCGGGAGGAAGCGCUGUAG